UCAGCUCACCAUACCAAACUCAAUAUGCACCCCAAUUUAUGUUACCUAAAGCAUUAGUUUGGCAAAUAUGGCAAAAAUAAUAAGAUAAAAGAUCUUGUUCACCGUGACAGAUGAUGGGAUAUGCCCUCACACAACAGACCUUACAAAUUUCACAGCCAUAACAUGUCACCAACCUAUUGUUUCCCUGUUCUGUAAUCUAUAUAACCCCACUCCUUCUCACAUCCCACAAAUCAAACACAAAUUGCAAGAACCAUUCUUCACAUUUAUUCUUCCAGAAUCAUCAAAUUACAGCCAUCUACAAGCUUGACUUGGCAACUGGAAGAUGAAACAAGCAACCCUUUUCUCCUUCUCACUCUUGCUACUAUUUUCCUCCACCACCUUGGCAAUUUCACCAGCAGCAGCCCCUAAAGCCCCAGCAAAAACACCCCCUACCCCAAAGGCAGCAGCACCAUCACCAAAACCAUUAGUCCCAACAUUACCUCAGUCUCCAGACUCUCCAGACUCGGUCCCAGAUGACAUCACCAGAAUCCUCAAAAAGGCCAAAACGUUCUCAGUCCUAAUCCGGCUCCUCAAAACCACUGAAAUCAUGAACAACAUAAACUCACAGCUCAUUACAGCCAAGAGUGGAGGCAUAACCAUCCUUGCACCAGAUGAUUCUGCCUUUUCCAACCUCAAAGCUGGCUUCCUCAACUCCCUAAACGAAGGCCAAAAAAUUGAACUUGUGCAGUUCCACAUCUUGCCCGAGUUUGUGUCCAGCUCAAACUUCGAUUCUCUUAGCAACCCUGUGCAGACAGUGGCUGGCAAAGACCCUGCAAGGCUUCCACUGAACGUGAAUGCGUUAGGCAACAGUGUCAACAUUUCAACUGGGGUUGUCAAUGCCACAGUUCUCGGGGUAGUCUACUCGGAUAAUAAACUUGGCAUUUAUCAUGUGGACAAGGUACUUCUUCCUCUAGAUUUCUUUCUAACCAAUAAGGCUCCAGCUUUGGCUCCAACAACUCUUGCAAAGGCUCCCAAAGCUGCUAAGGAUAACUCUUCUGAGGACGAUCAAGAUGAUACAAAUCAGGAUCAGAAUAAAUCUGGGGCACUAAGUUUGGUUAGCUUUCGGGGAACAAAGUUGAUGUCUCUCGGGAUAGCUCUGGUGGCAAUGACAACUAUGUGGAGUUGAGCCAUUUGGCAGCUGCGUUUUCAUUUUAUUUUUCUUAUUUUGUGUCCUUUUUGCUGCUUUUUAUUUUUGUUUAAAUUUUGCUGAUUUUGUGGUUUCUUCUGUAUUGGUGUUAAAUGUUAAUGGAAAGGGCAAGAAUCCUUGAAAAGAAUGAUUAACGAUAACAUUGAUAACUCUUGAGAUUU